AGGCAUGUCCUGCCCCAGCUGAGCGCACGCAAACCUUUUUAAGCGCUGCACGGAGCUCGCGCGAUCACGUGACCCAGCUCGUGCCAAUGAGCGCGAGGUUCGCGUGUUUUUGCUCGGCUUUUCUUAGCGACGACCAGCGAUGUUUUCAAACCGAGCCGUAAGCUGGAGAGAAACGUCACACAGUCGUAGGUUAAUAACCGUUUUUGAGCAUUUUAUUCAGCAAACCGUCUUCUUGUGAAAAAAAAACAGUUGGUUUUUUUGUUUGUUUCGUCGCGCUGGCCUGAAGUGGAGCUCGAAAGGCAUUGCUUACGAGUGCAGAAUGGCUGGAAGACUUAAAGACCAUUAGCAGAUUAAUUGAGCUCCCGAGUGGCACAACAGAAAAACGUUCACUCUUUCAUCUGAGUUUGAUACCAACUGAUGCCACAAACAUCUGUAGAGAGGAGUCACGGGAGCAAAAUCGGUCGCGUUUUCUGGUUAGGAGGAAUGGCAUACUCUCUCUCCCCUGUCAAUCACAGUGACGGUAGCCAAUCCUGGACAUCUGUAAGCUGUAUGGAUGAGGAAGAGGGCGGAUAGCGCUUUCCUCCGAGGGUGUUACACUACCCUGUGACGCAGAAUGAGAAGCGGAACGGAAAAAACAUGCAGUUGGCUAGCUUCACGUCUUGGAGGAAGCCUCGUGUUAGCCUUCAUCAUCCCCGGCCCAUGAUGAACCCCGUGAGCCGUAGCUGCCACAGCUAGUCAGAAGCUGCACCAUGGCCAAGCCGGGGACCGACAGAGAUGGAGCCAUGGUGGAAAAGACGACCGGGAAGAAGAGUAAAGAUAAAAUCUCCCCAUUUACCAAAACUCCGAAGCUGGAUCGGAGUGAGAUUAUGGGGAAGGAGGGGAAGCCGAAGUCUUCCAUGAAACGCAAGCUCUCCUUCAGUGUCAGCCCUCCCCGUAACGAGGAGCGGGACUCAGACACAGAUGACUCUGACCCCGGCCAGUCGAGCGAUAUGUGGGGAGAGAGAUUACUUCCUCCCUGCAGGAUAUACGCAGAUAAAGAUGGUCCGGAUAAAAAGAGGGUAAAAAAGGAGUCCGGGGGUAAGAAGUCCACCCCUGUGAAUAUUUUGUUCGGUUACCCACUGUCUGAACGCAAGCAGAUGGCCUUGCUGAUGCAGAUGACAGCAAGAGACAACAGUCCAGACACCACGCCGAGCCACCCCUCCCAAGCUCCAGCAGUGCAGAAAAAGACGCCAAAUAGCUCCACUUCGCGUCAGAAAGACAAGGUGAACAAGAGGAACGAGCGCGGAGAAACACCGCUGCACAUGGCUGCCAUCAGAGGGGAUGUCAAACAAGUCAAGGAGCUGAUUGGACUAGGGGCGGAUGUAAACGUGAAAGAUUUUGCAGGUUGGACACCUCUGCAUGAAGCUUGCAACCUUGGUUACUAUGAUGUAGCAAAGGUUCUUAUUGGUGCAGGAGCUGAGGUGAACACACAAGGAUUGGACGAUGAUACCCCUCUUCAUGAUGCAUCCAGCAGUGGACACAAAGAUAUUGUGAAGUUACUCUUGCAGCAUGGAGGAAAUGCCUUCCAGGCAAACAAGAGAGGCGAGCGGCCGGUGGACGUUGCUGAUUCUCAGGAGGUUGAGCAGCUACUGAAGGGGGAGAUCCCAUUGUCUGACCCAGAUGACAGCUCUUCAGACUCUGAGGACCCUCCAUCAGUAAACCCCUCCAGUGUAGAUGAGAAUAUGGAGUACUCAGACACUGAGAAGGACUCUGAUGGCAAAUCGACCACAGCAAAGGCCACAUCUUCAGUGUCUGGUGUGGAUGAGUACGAGUUCAAAGAUGAGGAAGAGGAGGAAGACCUGAGCAAGGCCCUAAACGACAGACACAUUCUGAGACGAGAAGCACGUCAGAAAGAGAAGGAGGAAAAAGAGCAAAACCAUUGCACACCCAAGCAGUCCAACAAGAGCGAUCAGACAAUGUCAUCCUGCAAAAUAAAAAAGCCAAAGUCAUCCCGAGUCCUCUACUGCAGUUCAGAGAGUUCAGACGAUGAAAUGGAGGCUCCAUCAGAACGAAAGUGUUCACCAACCAGGUCACUCUGCAAUGAUACUCACAAAACAGAGAGCAGGACAAAAAGAGAAAGCUUAACCCUAACACCAGCAGAAAAAGGCAAGGCAAACAAGAAGAAGAACAAGAGCCAAAGCAAAAACAAGGAAAAUCAAGAGGUUCAAGAGGAUGGAAAAGAAAACAGCAAGUCUCUUCUGUUUUCUACAGCGACAGUGUCUGACAGCUCUGAUAAAAGUGUUCGGGAGGAAGACUCUUUCAAAAUGUCCUUCAGCCCAAAGGACGAUUCGUCAGUGCACCUCUUUCACUUGUCGGCUGUGAAAUCCCCAAAGCUCAGUUACAGCCAAACUGACAAGCAGAUGACUCCGUUAAAACAGGAAAAUGCUAAGACUUUUGUCUCCAUUGGAGAUGGAUCCUGCCCUAUAGAUGGUGUCAAGUUCAACCACUACACAGAUUCUGACUACACAGAAGGUUCCAGCAGUAAGAGCUGUAAGCACAAGGACAAAAGCAAACAUCACUAUAAAGAACACAGCUUGGAUGGAGAUGACAGAAGCUCCAGUCCUUUUAAAGAUGCCAGUUUAAGCAAUAGUAUGGAUGGUUCUGAAGGAGCCUUCAGGAAGGCUGACAAAGAUGGAAAGGUUGUCAAGAAGCAUAAGCUAAAACACAAGGAAAAGGACAAGUACAGGAAAGACUAUGAGUCUGAGAGAAAUCGGCAUCGCCAGAAAGAACUACGGAAAGAUGGACAUAGGAACAUGGAGUUUGACCGAGAAUUUUGGAAAGAGAACUUCUUCAAAAGUGAUGAGAAUGAAGAACUUAAAGGGAAAUGUGAGACACCAGGCAGUUGUUCUCCUCAGAAGUCCCUUGACUCAUCACCUAUUAAAGAAGAAAAAGCAACAUUAAAAGACAAACAUUUGGUCUGCAACAGCACUAAGGAGAGAAAACAAAAAGAUGAGCGUGAGAAAGACAAACUCAUAAAAAAAGAGAAGAAAGAGGUGGCAUAUAAAGAUGAAAAAGGAGGAAAGGAUGGGAAAGGGGCUGAAAAUGAUGACCGGUCAGAAAGUCUUAACUUGUUACGAAAGCCUGAAGACACUCUUCCAAGUCCUUGUGUAAAAGAGGAGGUAGAAGACAAGCCUCUUACUGGAAACUUGGUUGAUCACAGUCAGCUGGAGACUACAGAGAAGAGUUCUCGAGAGAAAAAUGAUAAACGGCUACUCACAAAGGACAGAGAUUCUGAAAAAUGUGAGAAAAAACAGGCAGAAAAAGAAAAGAAGUCCAAAUUGGAACAUUUGUUAGAUAAAUCUGACCCUCACAACUCUACAGAUCGGUGGAAAGAGAGGGACAGGUUAACAACCACAUCUAAUUUGUCUGGUGAGAAGAGUCACAAGGAAAGUGAAAAACUUAAACCGGUGCCUGUUACAAAAAAGCAUGAAGAAAACAAAAAGAGCAAGGACAAGCUUGACAGAAGAAGUGAGAAAGAACGGCAAGAGAAAGAGCAUUCCAGUGAUCACCGGGACAAGGAUAAAAUGAGUUCAGAAAAGAAAGGAAAGGCUCCUGAGAAGAACAGUGAUCAUAGCAAAAUUGAUCGAAUUAAAGAAAAGGAAAGAGAAAAAGACAAAGAGUCUGACAAGAAGAAAAAAGAAAAAUCAAAAGAAGCCACUCUCUCUUCCUCAAGUUCUAAUCUCAAAUUUCUUUUGGAAGAGAAAAAGGGGUACACAUCCGAGAGCAAUAAAACGGUAACCUCAAAAUUAAAAGAAGAGGUUAUGAAAACCCCUGAGAAAGACCGAGACAGACGGGAGAGGGAUCGAGAUUUGGAAAGGCAUCGGGACCGGGACCGAGAACGGCACAAGGAUAAAGAGAGAUCACAGCAGAAUAGGGAUAGCAAACUCAGUAAAGCAAGGCCUGUUGAGUCCGAGUCAGACAGGUCCAAAUCCAAAGCCUCACCUGCACAAAAGGAAACCCGUCCCAAAGAGAAAAGAUUGGUUAAUGAUGACCUCAUGCAGACCAGCUUUGAACGAAUGCUUAGCCUGAAGGAUCAGGAGAUUGAGCAGUGGCACAAGAAACACUUGGAAAAGAUCAAGCAAAAAGAAAGGGAACGGCUGAAACAACGACCAGGAGCUGACUCUGGGAAGCAGAAAAACAAAGAUAAAGCAAAAAUUUCCACUUCCAAUGAACCAUGUGCAAACAAAGAACUCUUGCGCUCCAAGAGCUCAGAAAUCCCAGAGCCUUCCAGUCGUGAGAAGAUCUUAAAGGAUGCAACCAGUGGAAGGACGCUUUCGCUAGAUGCAAAGAGUCUCUCAUGUUUUGGAAAGGCUGGUCCUGUAAUGGAAAACAGCCUUAGUCGAUCUCCAAGACCUGACAGUGAACGAUCUGGUAUCAUGUCAAGAUCAGUGUCCAUGAUCUCAGUAGCCAGUUCAGAGGAUUCCUGCCAGGCUAGCAUGCUAACACCCAGGCCCACUGAGUAUGACUCGGACCUCAAUUUGGAAGCAUCCGACUCCCAGCCACCUUUCCUCCAGUCUUCCCUCACAGUUCAGUCCUCCAGAUCACCAGUUGUCAACGAUAAAGAUACAAACAGUCUUCCUGACAUAGCUCCUGGCAAUCGAACACCACUGUCAAGCAGACUUGCAUCCCCUUACUUAAGAGCUGUCCUGGAUGAGGAUGCUAAAGCUGGUCCAUGCGAACCAGACAGACUGUCUGAAGAAUGUCAAAAAGUUGGUGAUGUAGCAUAUUCCAAUGAGGAGCCUAGUAAAAUACACCAGACUGAAGCCAGUGGAGCAGUCACACAGGAAAGUCUUAGUAUUCACAACCCACUGUCAGUGUAUCUCCCUUGCGCUGUACCUGAAGUUGAACAUUCUGUUGGUGUUGAGGAUGCGAGUGGCAGUUCAAACAACCAGUUUGCAUGUGUAUCUAACGCUCGAGAUACUUCAAUAAAGGAUCUCACAGGUCAGCAAACUAGCCUUUCACAAGCCAGCAGUUUGUUGCCAACUACAGUAGAGGUCAGCAAGCUAAACACUGAUACUUUACCAGAGCGAAGUGGACAAAAUCAGCUUGACAGCUCUGACAUAGAAAUGACAGAUGGCUCAAACAAAAAUUCCUCAUUAGCACCUGUGUCCCAGGUUGCAUCAGCUGCAUCCUCACAGCCAGAACAAAGCUUCACCAGCAAAACACCUACGCAGUCACUUAACCCGAAGUUGGAUUCUGUCUCAGAACCCAAUAUUGACCACCCAGCAAGGACAGACGUUGAUUUGAGACUAGAGCAAAGGGCGAGAAGUCUAUCAAUGGGUCCUGAAAACAGAAUGGAGGACAGAUGUAUGGAAAAUGUUUCUAGUGGGAGCAGAAUGGAUUGGACAACUAGCCAAGCUCCAUCCAUUACCUCUUGUAGGAUCAGUUCUGAGGAGUCUUCUAAAACACUGCCAUGUACAGCUAGUGUGGUCAGAGAUUAUCAGCAGGUUACAGACAGGAUUUCAGAAGAUGACUGUAAGUCAGUUCUCUCCAAUGAGAAUGCAGGUGCAGCUGAUUCACAGCUGGAGAAAAAUGAACAUAGUUUGCCUGUCCCUUCAAUUUCAAAUGUCCCUCACAGUGCUAGUCCUGAACAGACAUCUGAAGAGCCAAUGGAAGUAUCAAGGGAAGAGCCAGACAAUAGCCAGGUUGUUGGUGAGACACAAGUAGAGAAAGUGGUGGCUACAGAGGAUGCGGCUCAAACCCAGCCUCACACAGAUGCUAAAGCAGAUGUUGAUGUGGAGAUGCCAGACCAGCUUGCUGUUGAAGAGAAACCGGAAAAACCAGGUACUCCAGCAGAAGGAGAUCAGAAUCUGGGCUGCACUGGGGUUCAACUUGAUUCUCAAUCAGAACUAACCAGUGGAGCAACUUCUGGAAGCUCUUCUCCAUUGUCAGUGGCAGACAGAGACAGUGAUCCAACUGGAGCGAGGACAAAAGUGAAACCUCUGGAUGAUGAGGGCGACAUCCAGGUCACUCAUCCAAGAAAACGAAAGAUGCACAGAGUUUCUCCUUCAACCCAAGUCAGCCUUUCAGCCCAGCAGAUUAAGGAAAAGACCCAGCAGUCUUUGGCAGCAAUCGUGGACUCCCUAAAGCUUGAGGAAAUUCAGCCCUACCAGACAGAAAGGGCCAAUCCUUAUUAUGAGUUUCUGCACAUCCGCAAAAAGAUUGAGGAGAAGAGGAAGGUGCUAUGUAGUGUCAUUCCUCAAGCACCCCAAUACUAUGAUGAGUAUGUUACAUUCAAUGGGUCCUACUUGCUUGAUGGGAAUCCUCUGAGCAAGCUCUGUAUUCCAACAAUAACACCACCACCCUCACUACCUGAACCACUAAAAGAGAUGUUCAAACAGCAGGAGGUUGUGCGCAUGAAACUACGCUUGCAGCACAGCAUUGAAAGGGAGAAGUUGAUUGUAUCCAAUGAGCAAGAAGUCCUGCGUGUCCAUUAUCGUGCUGCAAGGACGUUAGCCAAUCAGACACUACCCUUCAGUGCUUGCACGGUCUUGUUGGACGCUGAAGUAUACAACAUGCCCCAGGAUGUACAGGGAGAUGACGGGAAAACCUCAGUGAGAGAUCGGUUUAACGCAAGACAGUUCAUGUCUUGGCUUCAGGAUGUGGAUGACAAAUUUGACAAGUUAAAGACGUGUCUCCUGAUGAGGCAGCAGCAUGAGGCAGCAGCUCUUAAUGCCGUACAGCGAUUGGAGUGGCAGCUGAAGCUACAGGAGCUGGACCCUGCCACUUACAAAUCAACCAGCAUCUUCGAAAUCCCAGAGUUUCACAUCCCCCUUGUGGAGGUCAACGAUGACUUUGACCUCACCCCGAUAUAACAGCAGUGAUCCAGUGCUCGGAUCAAAAAGAACUUACAAGGCUCAUCUCUCCAGUGCUCGAGAGGAGUAGAGAAACACAAAGCACUUGUUUUUGGGCAAGCUGCAGUAUGUGUGUGUGUGUGUGUGUGUCGUGCAGUCUUGCACAGUAUGAUCAGACACUCCAGAGAAAAAAAAAAUUUAAUAAUAAGAGUGACACAGAAUUGAAUAACAGUCCUCCAUCACUGCAGAUUAGAAAGUCUGCAGUAUUUUUUUUUUAUUUUUUUUUUUUUAAGUCAUUCUCGAUAGGAGUGUCUGCCAAAAGACAAACGCACAUGCUACGUUUCUGUACCGGGUCCAAGGCUUAGCAUUGCGUCCCUGAAGGUCCAAUUACUUUUCUCUGUAUCAGCUCUUGUUUCAAUACACUUACCUGCUCCAGAUGCACUUCUGUCAUAAGAAUCCAGUGCAAAACAUAGAUUCUUAAGGCUGCUGGCUUUAGGUCCAAAGUGAAAUGCACUUAAACUCCCUGUUUCAGAACAGUAGAACUGCAGGCAGGCAGAGCUGCAUGGAGGAGAUCCAGCCAGCAGAGGGCGAUGCCUACCCUCAAUGAUCAGAGUGAGAACAUGAGAGAGGUGAGAGAGGGAAAAGUUAAAAGAAGCAAACACUUUACCUCUCCUCUGACAGAACAGAGAGGUCUCGUUCCAACUCGUUUCAAAAGUGAGUGUUCAUGAUGUAUAGAUUGUGCUCUUCAUUCUUUUUUAACUUAUUUUAUACAUACUGAUUGUGCAUUUGUAAAUAGCCAUGUAAUUAUUAUUUUUAACUUGUAAAAAGAGAAAAUAACAGAAAGGAAGUUAAUAGAUAUUUUGAUUGUAAACUUUUUGUCAAAUGUUUAAUGGACCAAAGUUGGUUUUAUAUUGAGCGUCCUCUCUGUUGUUGAUGUUGGCUUAACUCUUUAAGCAUGUGUUUUUUGAAUUAUGUUUGUUUUGUUUGUUUCUUCUUCUUCUACUACAUGUUUCCUCCUAGAUUCAUCACAGCAGGUGUUUUUUGACUUGUGAUUUCUAUGCUGUGCAUGCGUUGCAGGUUUGUAAUUCUUUUUCUGAAAGCUGUGCUGUGGUGAGGUUUAUGUAAGUGGUCCUGCUUUUUCCCGCCUUUGUCGUCUCUUAGUAACACUCACUUCCUCUGUGUUGCCCGUUGUGUCUUGCGCACAUUAAGAGAAAACAGGAUUGAUGUGUCUUCUCGUUAGAAAAUGGAAACUUACUUUUACAGUUUUAAUGUGAGAUCACAACAAAACGAAACCUAUUUUUUACAACACGCCUUUUGAACGAUGGUUCUAAAAAUAUGUCUAUUUUAAUAUUUACUUGUUACAGGAUAAUGUACAUAAUUGUAAUAUAUACCUGAAUAAAUUUUAUUGGUUGUGAA